UCAUACCCACCUGUAGAAGUUAGAAGUGUGGACACACACACACACACACACACACACACACACACACACACACACACACACACACACACAUUCACCAUGGCGAGUGUUGCAAUGCUGCCAAGUGGAAUGGCAAUCUGCUGCUCCCUUCCUGACAUCCUCUUCCUACCUGAGCUCGUGUUUGGAGGCUUGGUGUGGAUUUUAGUAGCGUGUACGUACAUCUUUCCUGCUAACCCUCAGGCGUACGUCAUGGCUGUGUCGUUGUUCUGCUUCUGCAUGAGCUUCAUCUGGAUGAUGGUGUUCCUGUGUGGAGGUCAUCACAACCGAUCCUCCUGGGCUACUGCUGACGUGUUGUAUCAUGGUUUAGCUGCUAUGCUGUAUCUCAGUGCCUCAGUCUUCCUCGCCCUUAUCACCAUCGGUUAUGGAACUACUCUCUCGGUUCUUCAGUCGUCUGGCAGUGAUCAAGACAAAAUCGAUGGCAUACUAAAAAUCUACAGACUGGACAUCUCUGCUGUGGUGUUCUCCUUCAUCACCACACUACUGUACACCAUCCACACCAUCUUCUCUGGCAUCCGCUGGAAGAUUUUUUAAACCAAGUUGUUUCAAAUAAAUGUGUGUGUGAGAGUCUGUGAGCGCUUGUGUCUGUGUACGCGGGCGUGCAUGAGUGUGCGCGUGUGUGUGUGUGCGUGUGCGUGUGCGCGUGUGUAUUUCAGCCUGUCAGACAUUAGUCCCUGUAAUAAUGCUUGUGUAUUCAUGUUCCUGUAUUGGAGAAGUCGGAUUUUUUCCCGUCUUUACUCUGAUGAUUUAACUCUUAGGUCUCUCUGUCGCUCUGUAGGUCAGUGUGUUUAGAAUCUUUUUACUUUAAUGACAUUUCACACCGAGAGAAAACUACAGAGGUGAAUAAAACUUUAGAAAUGAAAA